CGCACGCUAAAAUCCGGCAUUGCGACGGUGCGCUGUUGACAUGUCAGCACAUGGCAAGAAAAAGAGAGAGGGGAAGGCCGAGCUUCUAUUCCGCGCUUUUCUCUGACCUCUCUCUCUCUCUCUCUCCCUCAGAAAUGGAAUUUCUUCCUCCGGGGCGCCGGGAUUCCCGCCUCUUGAGUGCUGCACAAACCCCAUUCUCUCUCUCUUCCCUCUCUUCCACCAUUACGGCUCCGAAUCACCACCCCCAAAUCUCUCGUUCCUCCUGGAUCUGUUGACUUUGAUUUCUUGCGAUUUCUGAUCAUGGUUCCGUCUUCGGUUGCAUUGGGCUUGGAUGUUUAGAGGCAGACGCUAUUGUGAAUAGGGAAUUUUGCUGGGAAUAGGGAGAACAAUGUCGUCGAAGACUGACCGGAUGGUCCCUCUGGGAGUGCUGCUGAAGCGAGAGUCAACAAUCGAGAAGAUUGAGAAUCCAGACAUCUCUCAUGGCCAGGCUAACCAGAGCAAGAAAGGCGAGGACUUCACAUUGUUGAAGACUGAAUGCCAGAGGGUACCAGAUGACGGGGCUACUACAUUCUCCGUCUUUGGGCUAUUUGACGGACACAAUGGAUCUGCAGCUGCUAUAUACUCUAAGGAGAAUCUCUUAAACAAUAUUUUGGCUGCUAUUCCUUCAGAUCUUAGCAGGGACGAUUGGCUAGCUGCCUUGCCAAGGGCUUUGGUUGCAGGGUUCGUCAAAACUGAUAAAGAUCUAAAAGAUAAAGGACAACCUUCAGGAACAACUGUUACAUUUGUGAUAAUAGAUGGAUGGGUCGUAACUGCAGCAUCAGUUGGUGAUUCACGCUGCAUAUUUGAGUCUGCUGAAGGUGCAAUUUAUAAUUUGUCAGCAGAUCAUAGACUGGAAGCCAAUGAAGAGGAGAGGGACCGAAUAACAGCAAGUGGGGGUGAAGUUGGUAGACUAAAUACAGGUGGUGGUGCAGAGAUUGGUCCCCUAAGAUGUUGGCCAGGCGGCUUGUGCCUUUCAAGAUCUAUUGGAGAUAUGGAUGUUGGCGAGUUCAUUGUUCCUAUCCCCUAUGUAAAGCAAGUGAAGUUGUCUACUGCUGGAGGUCGAUUGAUCAUCUCAAGUGAUGGUGUUUGGGAUGCUUUGAGUUCUGAAGUGGCUCUAAGCUGUUGUCGUGGGAUGCCCCCAGAUGCUGCUGCUGCGCAAGUUGUUAAAGAAGCUGUACAGUUAAAGGGACUUCGAGAUGAUACUACUUGCAUUGUUGUUGAUAUAGUACCACCUGAGAAGAUGGCCCCUCCUGCACCACCACCAAAGAAGGCAGGGAAAGGGGUGUUCAAAUCCAUGUUCCGCAGAAAGUCUUCUGAGUCGUCGUCUCAGCCUGAAGACUUUCCUGAACCGCCAGAUUUGGUGGAGGAAAUGUUUGAGGAAGGAUCUGCUGUACUUGCUGAAAGGUUAGAUACAGAGUAUCCCCUAUGCAACAUGUUCAAGUUGUUCAUGUGUGCAGUUUGUCAAGUAGAGAUGAAGCCCGGAGAAGGCAUUUCGGUACAUGCUGGCUCAUCACUUCCUGGAAGAUUGCGUCCCUGGGAUGGUCCCUUCCUAUGCGCAAGCUGCCAAGCAAAGAAAGAAGCCAUGGAAGGUAAAAGGCCGUUAGGAGAUGGCGUAAGACAUAGUACUGGAAGUGAAUAGCCACUCCCCUCACCAGCCACAUUGUGCAUAUAAAUUGGCGCUAACAGUGGUAUUAGAGCUGACCAGUAUGGUAAAUUCAGAGCCCAAACAUUAAUUAUGUUCUCGUUCACACAUGACUGGUGUGAGCAUGCGGAUCCAUUCGGACAGCUAUUCCAGGAUUGAAUAUUGCAGAGACACAUGUAUCCAUUUGCUGAUCUCUCGAAUUUACUGGGCUGAGUUGAACAAGUCAGGAUCUGAGCUUCAUUCCAUCAAAAAGCUGUAUUCUUUGUGGGAGCAUACAAUGAGCUUCCCCUGACAGAUUUCCAGCCAUUGAUGAGUUCUCACUUGUGCAGUACCUCCCAAAAAAGGGUUUGACAUAACUCUCUUCUUUCUAGGCUUGCUUCCAUUCAUGCGUGUAUCAUUUCUGAUAGAGUUUGAUUGAGGGAAGCCUUCAUUGAUUGUAAUAUUAUGAUAGAGAGUUGGGUGGAAGUAUCUACAAAAUUCCAGCCCAACUCAAGAAAUAUAUGUUGAAUAGUGGUUGCUACAAACCCAACAUGUUGAACGAUUAAGCCAUGCACUCAAGAUUUUUUAAUUCAUUUUCGAACACUUGGUAGGAAAAGAAAUGAUUUCAACUUGCAUGUAUAAGA